CUUACUGUCACCCCCAGCUUUGUACUUUUAUUUUAUUUUAUUUCAGUUUAUUUUAUUUUUGAUUGAUUGAUUGAAUACAAAUGGCAACAUCAGCAAUUAGAUCUCGACUCUUAAUAAAAAAUCCCUUUUUAACAAGCCAACAAAUUCGGUUGACUAGCACAAAGGCGACAACAACAACAACAACAAUCAUUCCAACUUGGGAUGAUUACUUUAAACUUCGAAAAAAAAGACGCAUCUUUGAAGUUGCAUCUUAUUUACCCAGUACAGUUAUUCCUGCUGCUGGAACCUUUAAUUAUUUUCUUCAAAUGCAAGUGGAUCCUUUGACAAAAAUUUUAGGCAUGGAUCCUCUUAUGGCUGCUGUAGCUUGUACCUUGGGAGCAGGUUUUGGUGGGUUCUUAUUGGGACCCAUGAUGGGUAAUACGUUUUUCAAACUGAUGAAUAGAAAAGUUGCUUCAGCUAUGGAUGUACGUGAUAAAGAAUUUUAUAAACACAUCAAGAAGAAUCGUGCCGAUGCUCGUCUUAAUUCAAUUCGUAAUCCUGUACCUGACUACUAUGGUGAAAAAAUUCAAUCCGUUCAUGAUUAUAGAGCUUGGUUAAGAAAACAACGCGAGCAUUAUAGAAAGGGUGUAUUUGGUGGCGAUGUCAAUGGUCUUGAAGAUUAGCCAGUCAUACAUGUGUAUAUGUAUAUGUAUGCAUAUAUUUAUUAUAGAAGAAAUAAAACAAGUCCACCUCCCUUUUUUUUUUAUUUUAUUAUUUUUUUUUUAUUUUUUUUACAAGAGAUAUUGAAAAGAGAGAGAGAGAGAGAGUAAGGAUUGA